AUGUCUGAGCCCAAACCCGCAAGCCAGUUCAUCAUCGAUCAGCAGGCGCAGAUCCGAGAGACCCUGCCCUUCGAUGACGAGCGCGACUUUGUCAACGCCUCCAGGGGCUUGAUCGGCCGUCGGAACCCAAAUACCGUGGACAACGACCAGGGCGAAACCGUGUGGGACAAUGAUGCCUACGAUUUCCUGGAAGAGGAGGCGCCAGACACGGCCAACCCUAGUCUGUGGCGUCAAUCAAAGCUAGUCCACCUGGACGGGCUGUAUCAGGUCACCGAAGGCAUCUACCAGGUGCGCGGGCUCGACCUCUCCAACACCACCUUCAUCGAAGGCAAAGAGGGCCUGAUCGUCAUCGACCCCCUCACGUCGCAGGAGACGGGUGCUGCCGCAUUCGCUCUUUACAAGGAGCAUCGGGGCGCCGACAGGCCCGUCAAGGGCAUCAUCUACACGCACUCCCACGUCGACCAUUUCGGAGGCGUUCGAGGCAUCGUCACGGACGAGGAGGUCGAGAAGAACGACAUCAAGAUCCUUGCGCCGGAGGGUUUUCUCGAGCACGCCGUCUCCGAGAACGUCUUCACGGGCACGGCCAUGAGCCGCCGCGCCGCCUACAUGUACGGGGCUGCCCUCGAGCGAGGACCGAGCGGUCAGAUCGGCGCUGGGCUCGGACAGACCGUCUCCACGGGGACCGUCACCCUCAUCGCGCCCAACGUGGAUAUCACCACGACGGGUGAGUCCCACACCAUCGACGAGGUCGAGAUGGUGUUCCAGAUGGCCCCGGACACCGAGGCCCCAUCCGAGAUGCUCAUCUACUUCCCCGGGUUCAAGGCACUGUGCGCCGCGGAGGAUGCCACCCACACCUUCCACAACAUCCUGACCCUGCGCGGCGCGGUGGUCCGCGACCCGCACUCCUGGUCCAAGUACCUGACAGAGACCAUCGACCUCUUCGGCCACGACGCAGAGGUAGUCUUCGCCUCCCACCACUGGCCAACCUGGGGCAACGAGAACCUCAUGAACUUCCUCACCUCCCAGCGCGAUCUCUACGCCUACGUCCACGACCAGACCCUCCGCCUCCUCAACAAGGGCUACAACGGCCCCGAGAUCGCAGAGAUGAUGACCCUGCCCCCAGCCCUCGACAAAGCCUGGAGCGCCCGCGGCUACUACGGCUCGAUCAACCACAACGUGAAAGCCAUCUACCAGCGCUACAGCGGCUGGUUCGACGGCAACCCGGCCCACCUCUGGGAACACACGCCCGUCGAGAAAGCCAAACGCUACGUCGAACUCGCCGGCGGCCUCGCCGAAAUCAUCAGCAAGGGCCGCCUGGCGUUCAAAACGGGCGACUUCCGCUGGGCCGCGGAGCUGCUCAACCACGCCGUCUUCGCCAACCCGGACAGCAAGCCCGCCAAGGACCUCCUCGCCGACGUCUACGAGCAGCUCGGCUACGGCUCCGAGAACGGCACCUGGCGCAACUUCUUCAUCUCAGGCUCGACGGAGCUGCGCACGGGCAACUUCGGCACGCCGACGCAGACGAGCGCGCCGGACGUCCUGAGCCAGCUCACCCCCGAGAUGCUCUUCGACGCCACGGCCGUCCAGAUCAACGGGCCCAACGCCUGGGAUACGGAGCUGGCGAUCGACGUCGUCGUCACCGACCUGGGACUCACCUACCGGUGGUGGCUGUCGAACGGCGCGCUCGUCUACAGCACGGCGAAGCAGCCGGGCGACGCUGCUGUGACCCUGACUGGGACGAGUAAGCAGCUGACUGCGCUUGCGGUCUAUGGGCCUAAACCGCUACAGCUGAGGAAGGCGGGGAUUAAGAUUGAUGGUGAUACCGAUGCGCUGGAUACUCUUGCGUCGUUGCUUGAUCCUGGGAAUCCUGAUUUCAACAUCGUCACUCCUUAG